AUGGCCAACCUCGAUGCCUGGAAUCCCUUCGGUCGCCGCGAGUCCUACAGCGGCGGCUCCAUCUUGACCUACAGGCUCCUGACCCUCCUGACCUGGCUCCUCUCCGUCAUCGUGUCCGUUUACUAUGUCCUCCACGAGCCCAAGGACGGCUUCACCAUCCGCCGCCGCAUCUGGGACCAGAACGCCCUGUACCGAACCGCCUUCACCAUGAACCCUAUCCUCGGCGAUGUCUACUGGGUCGGGCUCUUCAUCCUCCAGUUCGGGUACAUCACCCACCUCUUCUCGCGCAAGCCGGAAGUCGUCAACUGGGCAGCCAGCGUCGGCAGCCAUUUCAUACUCAACAACCUCUUCCACUUUGCCUUUGUCAUGCUCUUUGUCCGCUCGCAUUUUGUCUGGGCCGAGAUCAUCCUCAUUGCCAACUUUAUCAACCUGUCCAUUCUGUACUUUCGCCAUAACACGUCGCCGCGCUUCAUCCAUGCCCCGGUGGCGUCUGGGCCGCUGGCGUGGACCUUUGUGGCCAUCUACUGGAACGGCGCCAUCAUGGUGACGCAUCAUCACAGCCUGGUGGCCCGCAUUUUUGGGAACAUCUUUAUCUGGUCCAUUCUGGCUUACGGCCUGUUCUUCAUCGUGACUUUCAAGGACUACACCAUGGGCUUCGCGCUCAGCAUUCUCUCCGCCGCCAUUGGGGUCGCCCAGUUCCAGCGCCAGGUCAUUGCCCUGCAGUGGAUCUUUGCCUUUGUCAUCAUGUCCAUCCUCUUCCUUGCCACUGUCGGGAUUGCCGUACCGGCCUGGACCGGCAGGGACCACCUCUGGCGACGGUCUCCUCCCGCCGAUGCCGAGCGCGCUCCCCUUCUCAACGAGUAA